CCUCCCAUCACCUCCCAUACUCCCAUAGAUUAUGAACCUCCUUAAACUUUAGGAUAGUUGUUUAUCCGAUUUACAUUUUUAUUAGAAGUAAAAUUUUACCACUUGUAAUAUUUCCAAUAAUUGAUUAAUUAUGCCUGUUGCUGAAGAAAUAAAGUCAAGUUGGGCAGAUGAAGUUGAAUUAGAAGGUGGAACCCUUCAACCUACAACUGAAAUACGUGAAAAUGGAUUGAAGAUUAUUACCGAAUACAAGUACAAUGAUGACGGCAAGAAGGUAAAGAUUGUACGAACCUAUAAAAUUGAAAAGCGUGUUGUUUCCAAAAGCAUUGCUAAACGAAAGACUUGGGCUAAAUUUGGAGAAGCUGCUGGUGAUAAACCUGGACCAGAUCCAGCCACUACAAUAGUUGGUGAAGAUGUCUACAUGCAAUAUGUUACCAGCAAAGAAGACGAGAAUAAGGUUGAAGAUGACUCAGGCAUAGAUAAAUUAAAAGCUAUGGGUGACAAAAAUAUGGUAAAAUGCCGUACAUGUAGUGGUGAACACUGGACUUCAAAAUGUCCAUGGAAGGAUACCGUUCUUCAAGGUGGCAAACUUCCUGGAGAAGCAGAGAAGAAGCCGGCAGCUGUUGAUAGCUCCAAAUCAUCUGCAACUGGGCCUGGUGGAACCAGUGGUUCUAAGUACAUUCCUCCAAGUAUGAGAGAUGGUGGAGCAAGAAGAACAGAAGGAAGUACAAUGAAUCGUAGUCGUGAUGAUGCUUCUGCAAUUAGAAUAUCAAACCUCAGUGAGUCAACAACAGAAACUGAUCUUGAAGAACUGGUUAAACCAUUUGGCCCAAUCCAAAAAUUAUAUUUGGCAAAAGAUAAAGUUACUGGACAGUGCAAAGGAUUUGCUUAUAUUCACUUUAAAUUUCGUAAUGAUGCUGCAAAGGCUAUAGCUACUUUAAAUGGCUAUGGUUAUGAUUAUCUUAUUUUGAAUGUUGAUUGGUCAAAACCACCAACUCAUUCAAAUCAGUAAGUUUAAGGGCACAUAAAAAUACACUCAAAAUGUUAGUUUUAUGAGUUUUGUUGUGUGAAUAAAAGUUUAAAACAAG